AUGGCGCGCAAGAUCCUCGGCCUCGUUGCAGCCCUCGGUGCCGUGGGCACUGCCUCUGCCGUCCUCCCUGGCGGAAGCAACCACAGCAUCCCGGCCGCACGCGAUACCCAGAUCGCGAUGGUCGAAAUCCGUAUGCGGAACAGACUCGCGGAGAUGACCACUGAAAUGCAUAUGGUAAAGAACCUUGUGACCGGUUUUGGAAAAGAUUUGCUGGGCUCCAUCGCGCCCGUUGUUGAGGACGCCUGCCAGAACCUGGCGAAGGAGGUUGCUGGCCUCCAGACAGGAGAAGAUGAAGAGGAGCUUGAUAUGAACUUCACCCAGGUCUCCAGCAACAGCCUCAAAUCCAUUGCACCGCACACUGGCAAGGAAGGAGUCUCGUUCGCCGAGACUGAGUUCUUCGACAAUAUGAAGCAAUCUCUGAAGAAGGCGGCGUCGAAAGUCAAACAAGUGGCCUCCCCCAUGCUGGAGAAACUGAAGGUAAACGUGAUGGCGACGGUGAAGAAGCUCUUGAACGAGAAGAUCGCCCCCCUCCUUAGACAAAAGGCAUCUACGCUUAUCACUAACGUGUGCGAAAAAGCCAAGGAGAAGGUUGGUGAGAUAACUGGAGAAGAGUAA